AUGGAUUGGAUAAUAUCUGAUGAGUUAGGUCUCACUGUGGGACACCUUGUGGGUUGGGGAGCAGCGGGGGCUAUGAUAAUUGGAGGCAUUGCACCAUACAUACCGCAAUAUAGACAAAUAAAAAAGACACAAGAUGCAGAAGGAUUUUCAUUGUAUGUUUGUUUAACACUUCUAAUAGCUAAUACUUUGAGGAUUCUAUUCUGGUUUGGAAAACGAUAUGAAAUACCACUUUUAUUACAAAGUAUUGUAAUGAAUGUUACAAUGUUUAUUAUGAUUCAUCUAUGUGUAAAUGUGCGCAAGAAAAACCAGAUCAUUCGAGCUCGUGAGAGAAUAUUUACAGGCACAAUAUUCAUGUUAUAUAUACUAUUGUGUUGUAUAAAUGGGUCAGCUCAACCUGAUGAAACAGCCCGAUGGUUAGGGCAGCAGAGUGGUGUCACAGGAGGUGAGAAGCCCCGUCGCUUCUAUGAUAUGGAUCGAAAAUACUUCUGGGCAUGGACUGACUUUCAGAGUUAUGUAGACUGUAUGCUAGUAUUCUCAGUAUUAGGGGCAGCUAUAACUUAUUUAUUAAUCGAAGUUUCACCAUUUGUAGAAUUUAUUGGCUUCCUAGCUGUAUUUACAGAAGCAAUGCUUGGUGCACCACAAAUUAUCAAAAAUCACCAAAACAAAAGCACCGAGGGAAUGAGUGUGAGUAUGGUAAUAAUGUGGACCUGUGGUGAUGUAUUCAAGACGGCUUACUAUGUGAUAAGAGAAGCGCCAACACAAUUCUGGGUGUGCGGCAGCCUUCAAGUUACCUUGGAUAUUGUAAUAUUAUUGCAAGUGUGGUGGUUUCGACAUAAUACAGCAGCGGCUCGCCGCUUGCGUCGCGGGGACUAG